GUUAAUAGACUUUAACUGUGCUAGAAGCGUUCCCUCAGGUCUCGUCUAGACUGAGAUAAGGCUGUCCCGUAUGUGUCACAGUACAGGUCUGUCUGUCAGGUUACACUCUUUGGAAGUAGGCAGUCCAAAGUUCAGUUCUAUAUCAAAUGCGUUCCUGCAUACAAGCCCAUGGGAGGAGACCCACACUGGCUCCACCUCUCAGUUAAAGUGUGGUCGGCUAGUUUCAGUCAAACAUGACGGAUGAAUGGGUGCAUGAAUGUAGGCUCUAAGAUCAUUGGAGGAACAGGUGUCCCUGUUUUGGAUGUGGUAAUAAGUCUCCAGAGGCAAGAGAGUGAAAGAGAGACCAUGUUUUAGAGACCUCUUGUUGGCAGCCCAUUAUCUACAAUGAACAAUGAAGACGAGUUCUAUGAUGCCGUCACAGGCUUGGAUUCAGACGAGUCGUGUGAAGGCACAUCAGAAGGCAGUUUUAAAGAUGCUGUAGUGUAUGACGGUGCUCAGAAGAACAAUGGAGCGGUUCCUCAGGAGAACGGAAUUAAGAAGCACAGGUCGUCUCUUCCUGCCCCUAUGUUCUCCAGGAAUGAUUUUAGUGUGUGGAGCAUUCUCAAGAAAUGUAUUGGACUGGAGCUGUCCAAGAUCACCAUGCCCAUUGUGUUCAAUGAGCCCCUGAGCUUUCUACAAAGAAUCUCUGAGUAUAUGGAGCACACAUACCUCAUCCAGAAAGCCUGCUCGCAGUCCGACUCUAUAGAGAGGAUGCAGACGGUCGCUGCAUUUGCUGUGUCUGCAGUCGCUUCUCAGUGGGAUAGAACUGGAAAACCUUUCAACCCGCUUUUAGGAGAAACCUAUGAGCUCACACGAGAGGAUCAGGGUUUCAGACUGAUCUCAGAGCAGGUGAGUCACCAUCCGCCAAUCAGUGCUUUUCACACUGAGAGUCUGGCAGGUGACUUUGUGUUCCACGGCUCCAUCUACCCCAAACUCAAGUUCUGGGGCAAAAGUGUGGAGGCAGAACCUAAAGGGACCAUCACGUUAGAGAUUUACAAGCAUAAAGAGGCAUACACAUGGACAAACCCUUUCUGCUGUGUACACAAUAUAAUUCUUGGUAAACUGUGGAUUGAACAGUACGGCACUGUAGAAAUUGUCAACCACAGUACUGGAGAGAAGUGUGUGCUGAACUUUAAACCCUGUGGGAUGUUUGGAAAGGAGCUGCACAGAGUUGAAGGUUACAUCCAGGAUAAGAGUAAGAAGAAGCGCUGUGUGAUCUAUGGCAAAUGGACCGAGUGUAUGUGGAGCGUCGACCCACAGGUGUACGAGGCCCAUCGGAAACUCGAGAAGAAAGGAACAACGGACACUAAAAAACAGAAACCGGAGGAGCCAGAAUCCGUCAACGAGGAUGCCGAUGAAAUGCCUGAAGUACAGGAGACUGUGGCAGUAAUUCCUGGUAGCACAUUAUUAUGGAGAAUAUCAUCAAGACCGCCUCAUUCAGCAGAGAUGUAUAACUUCACUAAUUUUGCCGUGACGCUGAAUGAGCUGGAGCCUGGCAUGGAAGGAGUGCUGGCACCAACAGACUGCCGCCUGCGGCCUGACAUCAGAGCCAUGGAGAACGGCAACAUGGAUGAAGCCAGCAGAGAGAAGGAGAGACUGGAAGAGAAGCAGAGAGCAGCUCGUAAAGAGAGGGCCAAAGAUGGUGAAGAGUGGUCGACUAGGUGGUUUCAGUUAGGCACAAAUCCAUAUACAGCAUCACAGGACUGGCUGUACACUGGGGGCUACUUUAAUAGGAAAUACACAGACUGUCCUGAUAUCUACUGAUGAGGAGGUGCAAGUUCAAAGAGGUUUUGUCACCUCCUCCCUCCCUCUCUCUCCCCGUCUACAACAACCCUCUUCACGAUGCACCAUCAGCAACGAUAGCGCUUAUGCUCACAUUAAACUGAGCUGCCUCCAUCUUCCGCACUUGCGUUUAUGAUUGUUGUUUUUUUUUGUCCUUUGGAAGCGUCUUCUCUCACUUCCCAUCAACCCUGUAGGUUUUCUCAAUGGAGGAAAGCAUCGAAACAGCAGUAGGAGAACCGAUUUGCCUUUUUUCUGCCUUUGAACGUACAAACCCCUCAUCAGAGAUGUUGUUAUAUCACCAAUAAAAUGUGACUCUGAAGUGCUUUGGCCAUUUUCCAUGUACAGUAGGUGUUUAACAUAUGAAAACUAAUUGCAGAUGUUUUGAGUUUGGCAAGCACUGAGCCACCUCUGAUCCAGCUGUAUGUAGAGCGUGAAGGUGGUGAAGAGUUAAUGAAAUAACAACAGUAAUAAUGUUUAGAGAAUGGUGAUGAAUGUUAAUAAUGAACUUUGGGUGAGUGAAGGUGUGUGUGUGUGCGCGCUUGUGGCAAUUAAUGUAAAAAGCCAUAGAUUUUAUUUUAAUUGGUACAAUAUUUUGCCUUUUGGAUUUACAGAUUCAGAUUAAAUUUAUGUGAAAUAGCCUCAUCACGCGUAUGUUAAGGUGAACCGUUUUAAAAAUGGCCUCAAAACUCUUUUUGUUUUUUUCCUUUCACUUGGUUGUUUCCACAGAGACUCAUGGGAUGUAAAAUAGGCUGAUUGUACCGACAUUCAAUAAGGCUUUGCUGACAUACUGUAAAUGUACAUAUUCAUAUUUCACAGUUUUUCUAAUGUAUUGGUGUCUCACUAAAUUGUUCCUCAAGCACUAUUAAUUGAAUUUGUUUUAAGUAAACUCGGGUGUCAUGGGUUAUUUUAUUCAUCAGCAUUAGCAUCUGUUAUCACUGUUCUCAAAUAUAGACGUGUACACUGUGUAUUUGAGAAACUAACCAAAUCUAUGCAACCCAUUAAACUGCUCAAACCCCACAGAAUAAUGAACGAACAGAUUAUGGCAGCUUAUGGAAGUGUAAAUAUAACAUGCAUCUUAUUUGAGAGAAUAUUUCCUGCAUGCAGAUGCCAUGAAAAGUAUUUUACACCUGAGCGGGUUUGAAGCACAGCGAUGCAACCAUUGUUACUCUUCUCGAGUACACAAACGUGUUUUAUUUCCCGCAGUGCCAGACUUUCAGUGCACUCUCACUAGUACUUCAUCUUGAGCUGUUUGUGCCCCAUUUAACGGUGAUUCAUUUGAAUAUGUUAGACAUUUUAUUAGAUUUUCUAACCACCUUUCCCCUCGUGUGAGUACUUAACGUAAACAGGAAUGUCUAAAUAUAGUGUGUGUCUGUUAGAUACACACGACAUUCAGUACACUACUUGUUUUGCAUCCUGUAUUGUAUCUGUUACUUCAUUAAAUGUACAUUUAAUAAUUUGAAAACUAGCGUUCUAAGACUAAUAUCCCACAAUUAAACUAUGGAUUUUAUUUG